AAGGUCCUGCUGCAACAUCAGAAAGCGAGGCACUUCAAGUGCUCUCACUGUCCCCGUCGACUCAACACAGCUGGCGGUCUGGCUGUGCACAUCGAUCAGGUGCACAAGCUACCCACAGACAAGUCAGCACUGAUCACCAAUGCUUUGCCCGGCAGGGACACCUUCGAUGUCGAGAUCUACGGCAUGGUAGGCGUACCCGCCGCCGAUCUAGAAGCAUGGAAGCGGCGCAGAGCAGAGGAACUCGGUCAGACACUCGAGACGACCAAAGUCAAACGACCCAAAAUCAACAAGGGCGUCAUCCCCAUCGAGGAGCUCAAGAAGCAGCUUGCAACUCACAAGGCACUCAUGUCCGGCGUCGCUGCUCCCGCCACUGCUGACAUCCUCCUGCCCAAUGAUCUCAACAACGCCUCUCAGCCGUAUCCAGUCUCGCCCUUUCCGCCACCUGGCUUCACGCCAGGCAUGCCACCCAUGGGGCAAGUAUGCAUCAUAUCCACAUGCAUUGUCAGCUGA